AUGGGGUCCUUGAACAGUCGGAUUCUGCAAUGCACAGAGGAACCGCAGCAGCCAGAACCCCAGGCAGGCCCCAGUUAUGUGUCUGGCAGCCGCAAACGCAAACAGAGCACCGGUCCCGGCUUGAGCCCAGAGUCUGAGAGGAGCCACACGUUUCUAGGCCAGGAGGAGGAUCUACAGCAAGUCGUCUGUACAAGACAGGGUAAAAAAGUUAAGAUCACAUCUGAGCAUGCUUACCAAACUUUAUUUUUAAAUGGGGAAACCAGUGACAUUAAAAUCCGUGCUCUGGGGAAAGUAUGGUGUUUACACAAAACGUUUUUAUGCCAGUCGAACUACUUUGUUACAGUGCUUAGAGAUUCUUGGAAAGACUGUCACGAAGAUAUUAUUGACCUGGAGAUUAAUGACCAGAAUAUAAAUGUAGAAUCCUUGGAUUUUGUAUUAGGCUGGUUGUAUAGGAAUGACUAUGUCUUUAUUGAGCCCCUUCAAGUUCCAGGAGUUUUGGCAACUGCAUGCCUGUUUCAAGUAGAGGACUUAAUUCAGGAGUGUGAUGAGACCAUGGAGGAAACAAUUAAUGUGAAAACUGUGUGUAGCUUCUAUGCGGCAGCAGAGACCUAUGGGUUACAUUCUGUAAAGACAGAGUGCUUUGAAUGGCUUCUCCACAAUCUGAUGACUCAUCCAAGUGUUGAACUUUACAAAGAACUCAGUACAGAUCUUAUGAAUAUGGUCAUUUCUUCCCCUGAUUUAUUAGUAAUGCAAAAGGAAAUCGAUAUAUAUACUACACUUAAACAGUGGAUGUUCCUCCGCCUUAACCCAGGUUGGAAAGGCUCAAUGAAACAGCUUUUAGUUAAGGCAAACAACUGGUUUUCCGGGCACAGGGAACACAGUGCUAGCAUUUCCUUUCUUGAAACUGAACAAGGCAUAGCAUUUCAACCAGUAUUUAAAAAUUUGAGGUUUCAUCAUAUCAUCUGCGACCUGGCCUCCACAAGAGUUAUUGAACAAGAUGCUCUAAUACCUUCAGAAUGGUUAUCGUGUGUUUAUAAACAACAAUGGUUUACCUUGCUUAGAGCACAACAAUACAGGGAGAUUGGUCCCAGAGACAUCAGUGAAACCGAACUUGAAGAAUAUAGCAUGAGAUGUGGCAAAAAGAUUGUCAGAGAUGGAAAAUACUCCUGGAAGUGGUCCGGUUACAACUUUGGUGUUCAUUUGUAUGUGAUCUUCACCAACCAUUAUAUAAUUUUCAAACAAAGUGCUUUCAGAAAGCGACAUGGUGGCUCCAUCUGUUUACAACCUCAAAGAAAUAUCGCAUUCAGAUUAACUUUGGUAUAUUUUGAUUCUAGUGGAAAACUGAGCUUCAGGAAAACAACUGGUUAUAAAAUCCUUACCUUUGAAAAGAACGAGGAAAAAGUGGUAAUGAAACUGGGUAGAAUACCUUUGAGCUUCCCUUUAUAUAUAUUCUGCAAUUUCCUGUUUAUAUCAUUAGAAAAUCCAGGAAAUUGA